UUUUUUAUAGAAUUUUAAUAAAAUGACUGUUAAUGAGAGCUUCUUAGGCCAGUAUUCUGUUUUUUGUGUUUUUGGCUCAGUUGUUGGCUGUGUUAUUGUUCCUUUAAUUGCUCAAGUAAUACAACAACAGUCAGUUGAAUGUGUUAUCUUGUCAGCAAUUGUUAUAAGUCUUACAGCAGCACACUUAAAAGGCAAAACUGUGUCUUUGGAAAGUUCUCAUAUUAAGGUUCCUUGUAAAGAUUCGGAGAAAAAGAAACUAGUUCACAGUAAAAAGCCGCAAAAAAUAUGCUAUGCUCCGGUGCAAGAAGUUUCUUAUAUUACAAUGAAUGAGCAACAUGCUCAAGAAUAUAUUCAGCAAAAGGAAAUCAUAAAAAAUUGUGAAAAUGAAAGAAGACUUGAAGAAAAAAAGCUUAAAAAAAGACUUAAACGAGAUGAAAGACUGAAGCAAAAACAAAAAGAAUUAAAGAAAGAAAAAGAACAAGAGGACAAAGAUAAAGGAAAGCGUGAUCAGAAAGAAAAUCUCAAUAAGCAAAGAAAGUCAAAGUCUAAUUUAGAUACUUUUUGCAGUUGGUCAAAAAGUAAUUUUAAAUCAAAACAUGUUCAGCAACCAGUUCUUAGCAAUUACAGUAUGUGCAACAGAAUUCCCAGGUUUGAAAGAUGUUUUUCUGCAAAUACUGCAGUUUUUGCUUCUGACAAAUUUAAUUUGUCGUCAGGAUCUUUUGACAACUCAUUGCAAUCUGAUAACAGCAGGUUGCUAUCUUGUUCUAGUUCAAGUGACUCCUCCAUAUUACCACAUAAAACAAUAAGUGGUUUACCGCGUACUUGUUCAAAACCUGCAUGGAAUGUAUCAAAUAAUGGAAAAAGCAGUGCUUCAACUAUAUUUCCACCAACUUUAACACAUAACUCUUCUUCACCUGUAUCUUUACGGUCUCGUUUUAAUGAUAAGGAUGUAGAUUCUGUUACCUUAGGAGAAUCUCCAAUAAAGUCUCUUGGUUUUAGUACUUCUUUUUUCUGCACAGAACCUGAUAUAAGCUCUGAGAUACCUAAAAAUAAAGAAGUAUCAUUUUCAGAUCAGUAUUCUUUAUUUGGAUCACAACCAUUUGGAAGUUCGUUGAUAAAAUAGUUUAUUUAAUUGAAUGUAAAUGCAGAUUUUAUUUUUUUGUGUAAUAAAUAUUAAACAGUUCUUUA